AUGAGAGUCGAGGAGCGAUUUUGUCCGCCUCAACGCAAUUCCUCUCAUCUUUCCGUCUACCUCACUCGGCGAAAUCUUUUCAUUGGUACUGUGGCCCAAUUCUCUUGCCCAGUGGGCUUCAAAGCCCACGGAUAUACUACGUCUGUUUGUGAAGACGAUGGUACCUGGAGUCAUUCGCCACCGAGAUGUCAUGCUGUCCAAUGUCCACCAUUGGCUGUGGACGGUCGAUCGAUGUCGGUGACAGUUUCUUCAUACAAAUUCGGUGGAAUUGCUCAAUUUCAAUGUGCCAAAGGGUACUCACUGAUUGGCUCGGAACAUAUUCAUUGCAAGAGCGACAGUACGUGGAGCGCCAAGAUACCUUUCUGCACU